GUCUUAUUGUAGUCAGUUUGCAGAUUGUCUCACAUGGUGUGCGCCAUUCCUAAACAUCUCCAUUAUUCCCAUUUUAUAUAUCUUUAAUAAUCAGUAUGUACAAUGUAUAACCCCCCACCCAACCCAAACAAUUUCUGACAAAACUGACCUUCUUUCAGUUGACUCCUGUUUCUCUGAUUCUUGAUCAUUCAGAAGAUCAUUCUUGAGCAUUAUCCAAGUUUUCAUUUUUACACUUACCCAGUGUGCAGUGGUUGAAUAGUUUAACUGAUUAUACCAGUAAAGUUCCCUGAAACUAUGAGUACUGGUCCAACAAAAUCUAUGUCAAAUGGCUUUGAGAAUUCUUUGAGACCGGAAGAAAAACAGACCAAGAUUGAUGAGAUGAGAAAAUUGAUUGGUCCGCUUUCAGGUAAGUUGGCCCUUUAUUGCUCUGAUGCAUCCAUUUCAAGAUAUUUAACGGCUCGAAGCUGGAAUGUGAAGAAGGCAGCUAAGAUGCUUAAAACGACCCUGAAGUGGAGAUUUGAUUACAAGCCUGAAGAAAUUCAUUGGGAUGAUGUGGCUAUUGAAGCAGAAACAGGCAAAAUUUAUAGGUCAAACUAUAAAGACAAAUAUGGGAGGCCAGUUCUUGUCAUGAGACCUCGAUGCCAGAACACGAAGUCUAUAAAAGGACAAAUCAAGUAUUUAGUAUAUUGCAUGGAAAACGCUGUUAUAAAUCUCCCAGAAGACCAAGAACAGAUGGUCUGGUUGAUUGAUUUUCAUGGAUUCAAUUUAUCACAUAUCUCAGUCAAGGUGACAAAAGAAACGGCUCAUGUAUUGCAAGACCAUUAUCCUGAAAGGCUGGGCAUAGCUAUUUUAUAUGAUGCACCCAAAAUAUUCGAACCAUUUUGGAAGAUAGCAAAGCCUUUCUUGGACCCAAAGACUGCCAGCAAAGUCAAAUUUAUGUAUUCAGAUGACCCCAACAGCAAGAAAAUAAUGGAGGAUCUGUUUGAUAUGAGUCUGGUGGAGUCUGCAUUUGGCGGAAAUGAUGAGGCUGAAUUUGAUGUCAAUAAAUAUGCUGAGAGGAUGAGAGAAGAUGAUAAAAAGUUGUCUUCAUUCUGGAAGAUAAAAGACGAUAAUUCUGCAUCAAGUGCACAACCAACUUUGACAGCUGACCCCUCUUUAGAGUCGACAAAUUCAGAUUCUGAUUCGGAAGUCAUAGACGAGAAAGCAGAGAAACCCUUCUCUUGAUGUUGAUGAAGAGGAAUUAUCAGUUGAGGAAACUUUGCCUGGAAAUGGGAAUGUUGACAAAUUAAAGCAGUGCAACUAAGGACAAUGUCUUCAACUUUUCAUUUUUUGCUGUUUUUUUGAUUGCUCCUAGUUUUGCUGACUAAAUGGGCAAAUUAACCAUUUCACCAAGUGGUUCAUAACUUAAGUUCUCGGCAGAGAGCAUUUUAAUCUAGGUGGUGUACUGAAUGAUAUGUUAUAAAAUGAGUGUUCUGCCUCUUAA